AUGGCAGACUCUACACUCGCAGCCCUACAAGCAACUGCCCUCGCAGCACGCUGUCACAACUCUUUCUUCCGCCAAAAACAGCUCAAGGCGCUCCACGAUGCCUUGCGCAAUGACAGCAAUACUAUCAAAGAUGCAAUCAAAUCAGAUACACAAGUCUCAGACAACGAAGCAACGACCGAGGUGGCGCUCGCCUUGGACCUUGUCAAGGAGCAUCACAACUCGAUAAAGCCAGCUAAGGAGCUAGAGGAAGAGUAUCGAGUCGCAAACGGGAAAGACGCGCUUGACCGAGCAGACCCAUGGGGCGUGGUAUACAUCGAGCCGCAGCAGAACCAUACGCCGUUUUACUCGGCAAUUGCGGCACUAAGUGCGGCAAUAGUUGCUGGAAACUGUGUUGCGCUGAAACUUGAAAACAAUCUUCGCGCUCUCCCUCCACUUCUACGCUCUCUCCUCUCCCAGGCUCUUGAACCGGAUACUUUCGCCACCAUCUCUUCCGCGCCCUCACAAGAUGCACUAUCCACAACCUUCCAAGUCCUGCAGGAGACUCGAGUUAAGCAACCGACCCACAUGCAACUUGUUGCCACACAAACAAAAGUCAUCGCUAUCGUAGACCGCACGGCUGAUCUGGUUGCUGCUGCCGAGCACUUGGUCGCUGCACGCUUUGCGUUCGGAGGAAGCUCACCUUAUGCUCCCGAUCUUGUGUUUGUCAACGAGUUCGUGAAGAAAGACUUGCUCGAACUAGUCUUGAAGUAUGCCAUCCCGUAUCUUGCUUCAUCCGGUGAUGCCGCAAUCAAUGGCUCGGCCAAGUCUCCUACACUGGGCGGACAGAAGAAAGAAUCCAAGACAGCCGAGGUUCUGAAGUCGCUGGGUAGCAGCAAGUCAUGGAGGUCGAACGUAGUGACACACGGCUCCAACGGUGCCAUUGUCGAUCUCUCCAACCUCUCGUCCCUGCCGCCAAAAGCCAAUCAACCCAUCUUCGCUGUAUCAGCCAUCACCUCACUCGAGCAUGCCAUCAGCCUAAUUGAGGAGGACGACGAGUCCUCUACCGGCCUUCUGGCGGGAUACUACUUUGGCGCACCCGCAGCGGGCAAGUACCUCAGCCAGUUCAUCAAAGCGGAUGUUUCACUGGUGAACCACAUCCCCUACCGUCUCUUGCUCGGCCCAGCCGCUCCCUCUUACCACACCGUUGACAUCGAUGCGCGAUACACAAAGGCACAUUUCACACGCACGUCGCCUGUGAUCAUUGUACCCACGGCUUCGCACUCGACGCUUGCCAACGUGCUCAGUGGCAAGGAGUCGAGGAAAGUAGCGGCGCAGGCGCUGAGCAAGGCGACGCAGGAGAUCAAGGAGAAGAAGAGGGCGGAGUGGAUCGCCAUUGGGUUUUUUGAGCAGGGUAUUCUGAUCGGUCUGGGCUUUUAUGGUAUUCCGCUUCUGGUGUGUCUUGGCACAGGGCUGUUCUUUGGCAUCCGAGCUGGGUUGACGCGUUUGUCCUUGAUUUAA